GUUGACAGCACCGGCGUCGCCGAAGGGCCCACUCUCCCCGCGCACGCAGAUGCAGAACUUGUUGCUGGAGCAAGGCUCCUCGGAGGCCAGCAACGUCACCAGCGAGCUGAGCUGCAGUUGGCGCAGCAGUGGGGAGGAUGCCGAGAACAAGAGCUCCAAUGGCAGCCAGGCCAAGAAAAUCUCCUUCGUGGAGGAGGCCGAGAUACGACAGCCAUUGGAGACCAGCGCUGAGACGUCGCCUGCCGGCUCGCAGCAGGUGGCUCAGCCGAUUGAGUUCCCGCGACCAAGCGACAGAUGCGACGAGAAGUUCGAGCGCCGCGUCUCUGCCUCCUCACGGGAGCUCUACGAGAUGCAGGAUCAGAUGCAGAUGGCUUCAUUACGCCGCCGUUCCGUCCGCGUGAGCCACAUCAUAAACCAGAUUGAGGAGGCGGACCUCUGGACCCGCGGCAUCAGCACAGGCAGCCGCCUUCCUGAGGCAGACCUCUGGUCCCGGGGCAUCAGCACAGGCAGCCGCCUUCCCGAGGACCUGGAGCACGCACGGACCUCCAGGUCCUCCUCCAAGCCCAAGAAAGAGAAAGCACACAAGAGCGACAAGAAGAAGAAGACGCUCUUUGCGCACGAAGGCGACGAAUUCGAAGCCAUGAAGGAGCGUGCGCGGAACAUUGCUGCCGAGCGGUCUCUGGCUGCGGAUGGCGAAGACAGCGCCCCGCUAGGCCCCCCCCUGGGGCGCCUGGCGCGCUUGCGCUACCGCCUGCGGCGCUGUUUGGGCUCCCCGCAGUUCGAGGUGCUGGUCGGCUGGCUGGUUGCCUCCAAUGCCGCGAUCAUCGGCCUCGAGGUGGAGCACGUGGCCCAGAACCCAUUGGAUGUUCCACCGGCCUGGUAUCAGUGGAUGCACCUCGUGUAUGCUGUGAUCUUCACGGUGGAGCUCUUCCUUCGAAUUGUCGCGUACGGGGUGCACCUGUAUACUGACGCGGAGAUGUUCCGAUGGUCCACCCUCGACUUCGUUAUCGUCGUGUCAUCAUGGGUGGACAUCAUCGCACAGUGGGCCCUACAGGAGUCCUCGACCUCGGCGCUGGCCCCGAUGCGCGUGGCCCGUGUGCUGCGCAUCACGCGUCUCAUCCGCGUCACGCGGCUGGCGAAGCUCAUGCUCUGGUUGAAGGCACUUCGGACACUGCUUUACUCUGUUUUCGUGACGCUGAAGUCGCUCGUGUGGGCCAUGGUCCUCUUGGUGCUCAUUAUGUAUGUCUUCGCGAUUCUACUGACCCAGGCGGCUACGGAGCGAAUGCGCGAGCUACAGGCCCCCGAUGCGGAGUGGACGGACAGCGACAUCGCGCUGAAAGACUUCUGGGGCCAGAUGCCCAAGAAACAUGAGGCGAUGACUUCCUGUGGUUUUGGCACUUGCUUGUCAAUGUGCAUGGGCUCCGUGUUGAAGGCGUAA